AUGACCCCGCCGCUGACAGACCUUUCUUCAACCAACAGAAACUCCCGCACUCGAGGGCCAUUCCGGCCGCGAGCAGCGAAUAAAGGUACCGGAAGCUACCAGCUUAGACAGUUUGCAGAGGCAACGCUGGGAAGCGGGAGUCUUCGAAAGGCCGUCAAGCUUCCCGACGGAGAGGAUCUUAACGAGUGGCUGGCCGUUAACCUGGUCGAUUUUUAUAACCAGAUCAAUCUGUUAUAUGGCUCCAUUACAGAGUUCUGCUCGCCGCAGACAUGUCCAGAGAUGAAGGCAACAGACGAGUUUGAAUAUUUAUGGCAAGAUAACGAGAACUUUAAACGUCCUACCAAGAUGUCUGCGCCUGAAUAUGUAGAACACUUGAUGACGUGGGUACAGGCGAAUAUUGACAACGAGCAGAUGUUCCCUAGCCAUAUAGGCGUGCCGUUCCCAAAGACAUUUCCCUCUCUCUUGAAACAGCUGUUUAAACGAAUGUACCGUGUUUAUGCACACAUAUACUGCCACCACUACCCGGUUGUUGUCCACCUUGGACUGGAACCACACUUGAAUACCAGCUUCAAGCACUACGUCCUGUUUAUCGAGGAGCACAACCUGGCUAGUGGGAAGGAUUUUUGGGGGCCGCUAGGAGACCUCGUCGAGAGUAUGCUUCGAAGCGAUUGA